CGCGGAGAAGGUGAAAGUGAGGCAAGUCGAAGAAUAAAAACCGAGUUUUUAGUUCAGAUGAACGGUGUGGGAAAUGAUUCCAGCGGAGUUUUAGUUCUUGGUGCUACAAAUAUUCCAUGGCAAUUGGACGCUGCCAUUAGGCGAAGGUUUGAAAAGAGGAUAUACAUACCUCUACCAGAUGCUGCUGCAAGGGCUAAGAUAUUUGAAAUAAAUGUGGGAAAGACACCUUGUAAAUUGACUGCAGACGAUUACAGAAAAUUGAGUGAAAUGACGGAAGGGUAUUCUGGCUCAGAUAUUGCGGUGUUGGUUCGAGACGCUUUAAUGCAACCCGUCCGUAUCGUUCAAAGUGCAACUCAUUUCAGAAGGGUCCGAAAAAGUCGUGACGGAGUCGAGCCAGUUAGAGAAUAUCUCAAACCAUGUUCACCUGGUCGUGAAGGCGCUGAAGAAAUGACAUGGAUGGAGGUCGAUUCGAAAAGUUUAUAUGAACCCAAACUAAAAUUCAAAGAUUUCUUGAAAUCAUUAAGUACAUCUAAUCGUACCGUGAACGUAGAAGAUAUCAAGGCGCACCUAGAUUUUACAAAGGACUUCGGCCAAGAAGGCUAA